AUGGCAGAGCGGAUCCUGAUCAAAGGAGGCACGGUAGUGAACGAGGACUGCUCCGUGAUCAGUGACGUGUAUAUAGAAGAUGGGAAGAUCGUGGACGUGGGCCCAGAGCUGCAGGUUCCCCCCGGGGCCAGGGUCAUAGACGCCACUGACAGACUGGUGCUGCCCGGAGGCAUCGACACUCACACCCACAUGGAGCUGGCCUUUAUGGGCACACGGGCCGUGGACGACUUCUACAUCGGAACCAAAGCGGCUCUGGCAGGAGGCACCACAAUGAUCCUGGACUUUGUCAUCCCUCAGAAAGGUAAAUCUCUUGUUGCGGCCUACGAGAGCUGGCGUAACACUGCUGACCCCAAAGUCUGCUGCGAUUACUCACUGCAUGUGGCUGUCACCUGGUGGAGUGAAGAGGUGAAGAGGGAGAUGGAGACUCUGACCAAAGAAAAAGGGGUGAACUCCUUUAAAAUGUUCAUGGCCUAUAAGGACGUGUUCAUGCUGCAGGACUCUGAGUUGUAUGCUGCCUUCUCCCGGUGUAAGGAGAUCGGGGCAAUCGCUCAGGUGCAUGCAGAGAACGGAGACCUGAUCGCAGAGGGAGCGAAGAAGAUGCUUUCACUGGGCAUCACAGGCCCAGAGGGACACGAGCUGUGCAGACCAGAGGAGGUGGAGGCAGAGGCCACUCAGCGCGCCAUCACCAUCGCACAUGCUGUCAACUGCCCUCUCUAUGUGGUCCAUGUCAUGAGCAAGUCUGCCGCCAAAGUAGUGUCCAAUGCGCGCAGAGAGGGACGUGUGGUUUUUGGAGAGCCCAUUGCAGCUGGUCUGGGCACAGAUGGGACAAACUACUGGAACAAGGAAUGGGCCCAUGCAGCAGGUUUUGUGAUGGGACCACCUCUCAGACCGGAUCCAAGCACCCCCGGGUACCUUAUGGACCUGCUGGCCAAUGAUGACCUCAGUGUGACUGGGACGGACAACUGCACCUUCUCCAUUUGUCAAAAGGCUCUUGGCAAAGAUGACUUCACAAAGAUCCCAAAUGGAGUGAAUGGCGUUGAGGAUCGCAUGUCUGUGAUCUGGGAGAAAGGAGUGCACAGUGGCAAAAUGGAUGAGAAUCGAUUUGUAGCUGUCACCAGCAGCAACGCAGCAAAAAUCUUCAACAUGUACCCACAGAAAGGCCGGAUCGACAGAGACUCAGAUGCUGAUGUGGUUGUUUGGGACCCCAUAAUGACACGAAAGAUUUCAGCAAAGACUCACCACCAGGCUGUGGAUUAUAACAUCUUUGAAGGGAUGGAGUGUCAUGGCGUUCCUGUAGUGACCAUCUCCAGAGGAAAAGUGGUCUAUGAGAAUGGGAAGCUGAACGUGUCUCCUGGACAUGGCUCUUUCGUUCACAGAAAACCCUUCUCUGAGUUUGUCUAUAAAAGGAUCAGGCAGAGGGAACAGGUGGGCCGACCCUCCGCUGUGAUCAGGGAGCCUUACCAGGGAGAAGUCAUAUCUGUGUGA